AUGUCCACGCGGAACAGCCAAUCUAUCCGGUCUAGCUGCGACCGAUGUCGCUCCCACAAACUCAAAUGCACUGUUUCCCCAGAGGACUCACGCUCAGGGCCCCAUAGAUGCACAAGAUGUAUCAGGGCACAGGUGACAUGCGUUUUUGGCCCGCGGAGCCAAUCAAAGCGCACUGCCAGUAAGAGCAAGCCCGACAAGUCCAAGCCUGACAGCGAGCCACCGCACAAGAGUUCACCGCCUGUCUGCUCGUCGUCUCUUGCUGGGAUGAACCUGGCUUCGCCUGGGGCUUGGACCCCGUGGAUCGACGAGCUUGCAUGCCAGGAAACUGAGGAGCCGCUUGCUAUUGACAUCGGCACGACAGGUGAUGGCUCAAGCAUGAGUGAUGGUGACUUCUGGGCGGAUCUGGGGAUGAGUCAAGGGUUAAAUAUGCUGGACCUUGCGCCGUCUGGUAUGCCGACAAACACUUAUCACGCGCAGUAUCCGUCUGCUUUUGAUCACAUUGCUCCAGCUGUUGCUGAGGCUGGGCACUUGAUGGACAUAUCGGAGUCUUCGGAGCACACUCCGCCACACGCCAUUGUGCAACUGUCAAAUCUCGUAACAAAGAUCCACGAGACCUCAAAGUCGCUAGAAGAAUCCCCGUGGUCCAAUGUUCCCGACGCAAAGCAGCUGCAAAACUACCCAAUUGGCCGUGUAUUGAACCUAUCUCAGGACUUCUGCGCCAUCCUUAGCUGUAUUUGGGGCACAAGUUCCAUCUCCUCCGACGCUCAUUCGUCAGGAAACGGGAGUUCUCCAAUCCCGUCGGCAGAGAUGCUUGACUACGCCGAAGUGCUAUCAUCUAUCAAAAUGAACGGUUCCCCCAGACCCGCUUCCGUCGGCAUGCCAACGAUGCUGCUCGUUCUAAGCUGCUACACAUCCCUCAUCAAGCUGUACAGCCUGGUGUUUGCCCACUUCCAGAACCACCUCACUCACCUCCCUGAGACACCGUCUCCGUACCCUUCCCAGGCAGCACUGGCCUCUCAUAGGUGGGGCUUGCAGCUCGGAGAACUGCCCUCCGCGGACGACACGUGCACCAAGAUUUGCACGGCCGUUCAGGUCCUGCUCGAUGCGUUCCAGUCCGUGGAAGACGCUGUUGGUCUUCCGCGGUCCAUCAGUGUGGUGAAGCAGAGGGCAUGUGAUGUCGAGGGUAUGGACUUUAGUGCUGAGCUGGGGAGGACGUCGCUUUGGACGGAUUACAUGGUGCACUUUGUUUUUAGGUCGACUGUGGUCAUGGCUGAUACCGAGGAGUGUGAGGAGAUGCGGGAGUUAUCCAUCAAGGUUAGAUCGCUCAAGGCGUUGAUACGUGAGAAGAUGAAUCUUUAA